AUGGAUCACCGAUCUUACAUCCUGUCAGCCGUACUUCCUGGACUCAGAUCACCUGUGUACAACAGACCAUGCCAACAUAUGGUGCAAAUUACGCUACAACAUAAUACCAACAGCUAUCUCUUCUUACAGUUUUACAAACACAAGAUGAGCUCUAAGAUAUCUCUGCGCAGUGUCGCUAACACGUCUGCUCCAGUCGUGCCACUAGGCCUGAGAUCAUGUGGCUGUGCUCGACGUUUUAUACCGCAACACUCACAAAGUGCCCCAGUUCUGGCUCGUCGGAGAAGCAGAUCUAGUACUGGUAGCAGCUCUAAAUCCGUAGGAAGUGGUCGAAACACACCUUCUCCUUCUCCAAUGACAAGAUCGAACACCAGACUGAAGCAGAAGUCUCGUUCUGAGAGUCACUUAGCUGGGCUGGCCUCACCUCCUCCUCCACCUGAUCAUACCAGUAGUGGCGACAUACUGAGGCCUUGUCUUCAGCCAGUUCAUUUCUCCACUACUCUUCUCAUCCGCCUUGGACCGAACAGACAACAUUAUUUGGAACAAGUCAAAUAUGAGAUGAAAUAUGGACCUGGACCCUAUCAAGAUGAGCCCAUACUUAACAACCAACAGUUUAAAACUGAACUAGAGGUACAACUAGAAAAUCACCUUCCAGCAGAUAAUACAAACCAAACAUGA